AUGGAAGAGGACUUUGAACGCCGCAGAGAGCUUCGGAGGCAAAAGCGAGAGGAGAUGCAGAAAGAGGCAGAGAAGAUGAACUACCAAAAUCCUGACGAUGAUGAAGAGGCCGCUCGAGAACAAAGGAGGCGAGCCCGGCGGGAAAGACUGCGCAACAUGGAGAAUGAAGAGAAGAGCAACACUAACUCAGAACUCAACAACACUGAAUGUGUAACGGACACAGCAAUAAUUACCAAUCCAGCCACCAACGAUGAUGAUCAGGCUCUUCUAGAUCGGCUAGCAAAGCGCGAGGAACGCAGGCAGAGAAGGAUGAAGGAGGCUUUGGAGAGACAGAAGGAGUUUGAUCCAACCAUCACUGAUGGAGAGAUUACUGUUACUCAGACCUCUGAAGACAGGCCAGGCCACAGUAGCCGUCUUACUGAUGCAGAGGAGGAGACGACCAAAAACCAGGUCUCCACAUUAGAGAGUAAUGCCUGGAGAGAGGAGGAAAAGAAAGACGAAGAGAAAGUUGAGGACGUAAAGGUGGAAGUGCAAGAGACCUUCACAGUAAAGGAAGAACUAGAGACAGAGCCAGCUUCAGAAGAAUCAAAACAAGAAAGUCUGGAGAAGAACGUGGAGGAGAAGAUAGAAGAGAGAUCCUGGAGAUCCUACCUCAAAGAUGAGGAGUCAAUCGAGGAAAAUAAGCAAGCUCUCCUAAGAAAUGAGGAAGAGAUUGAGGAUCAAGCUGUAAGAACAAACAAAGUGGCUGAGGAAAAUACAGAAAAAACAGAAAUAGAAAUUAUGGAUUUAGAAAAGAAUCAGGAUAAAGAUGAAAGUUUGCUAGCAAAGGAUGACAUACUGGUUGAAUCUGUACAAGAAAAGGAAAAGGUUGAGGUUGUUGCCAAUGAGGAACCCACAAUUGAGGUUAAAACUGAGGAGGACAAAAGGCCUGCUGGGAAUGAAGAGGGGACACCAUCAGAAACACCAGCUGCUCUAAUUCAAGAGGAACCUCCAGUAAAUGAAGAUACAUUUAAACCACCACUGGAAAACAGAGUAGUAGAAAAAGUGAAACAAGAGGAACAGAAAUCUUACAUGCUAGAGAAGAAACCUGAAGAAAAGCCAGACAGGUCAAAUAUGGAAAUAAGGGUAAAGAUUGAACUUCCAAAAAACCAAGUUGAAGAAAAGCCACCUAUAAAAGCUGAGGAAAAAUUUGUAACACCGCAGAAGAUUGAAGAGAAACCACCAGUGAAAAAGGAAGAUGAGCCAAAACAAAAAUGGAAGAAGGAGGUAGAAGAAAAACCCAAAACAAAAAUAGAGGACAAAGCUAAACCGAAGGAGAAGGAACCUCUGAAGCAGCAGAAUGAAGAAGACACUUCAGAUAAACUCAAACAUGAGAAGCUAUUUGGCCGUGUGGCACUGCGUUCACCUGAGGUGAAAAAACCAGACCCCACAGCAAAGCAAGAAGCUGAGCAUAAGCUGGUGGAGCUGAAGCGUCGGAGGAACGAGACGGAUGGUGAAGAGAUUGAGAAAAUGAAGCAGAAACAGCAGAUGGCCGAGGCUGAGCUCGAGGAACUGAAGAGGAAGAGAGAGGAGAGGAGGAAGAUCCUGGAGGAAGAGGAGAGGCAGAAAAAACAAGAGCUGGCUGAAAAGAAAGCCAAGGAAGAGCAAGAGAGGCAAAAGAUGAAGGAAGAGAUUGAGCGCAGAAGAACCGAGGCAGCUGAGAAGAAACGGCAAAAAGAAGAAUCCACUGAAGACGCCAAGACACCAUUCAAAUGUGUGUCUCCUAAAGGAGCUUCAGCAAAGAUUGGGGAGAAAGCUGAAUUCCUAAACAAGUUAGCCCAAAAAACAACGGUAAAGGCACCCCACACUCCACUUGUAUGUAAGAUAGGCAACAGGCUGGAGCAGUAUACCUCCGCUGUUCAGACUAAGGAUAUUAAGUCCCCUAAGUCUCCUAAGGACCUUCCAGUGGUGGAGGGUGUUCGUAACAUUAAGAGCAUGUGGGAGAAGGGAAACGUACAGAGCUCUGCAGCUCCACCUACCAGCACCACUGACACCACCGUCAACAAGGAAAUAGCUGGAAUGAACACUGGAGUGUCAGGUCGCAUCAGCAGCUGGAAGACCAAGACUCCAGAGACUAAGACUCCUGAAACAAAGCCCCAAGAGAAAAAGAUCCCCGAACUUAGGAGCCCAAAACCAACUGAGACAAAACCGACUGAAACUAAGCAACAAGAUACAAAGGUUUCUGAGAAAAAGACCACAGAGGUAAAGACUCCAACAGUCGAGAAGCCUAUCCCAGAGGUAAAGACCCCUGCACUCGGAAAGCCUAUCCCAGAGGUAAAGACCCCAACACUCGGAAAGUCUAUCCCAGAGGUAAAGACCCCUGCACUCGGAAAGCCUAUCCCAGAGGUAAAGACCCCAACACUCGGAAAGUCUAUCCCAGAAGUAAAGACCCCUGCACUCGGAAAGCCUAUCCCAGAAGUAAAGACCCCAACACUCGGAAAGUCUAUCCCAGAAGUAAAGACCGCAGCACUCGGAAAGCCUAUCCCAGAGGUAAAGACCCCAGCACUCAGAAAGUCUAUCCCAGAAGUAAAGACCCCUGCACUCGGAAAGUCUAUCCCAGAAGUAAAGACCCCUGCACUCGGAAAGUCUGCCGCUGGAAAACCGGAACCAAAGCCAAAUGACGUGUCUAAAACCCGCGGCCUGUGGGAACCCAAGGGCAACACCACCCCCAAGGUGUUUGGACAGAGGACUACACCAUUCACAAACGGCAAGUAUAAAUUUAUACGUUUUCCCCUCUUUCUUUUUAAAAAAAAUACAAUUCACACAAUCUUUCUCCAAUCUUUCUAG